AUGAAAAUAAUAAUCUAAAGUUUGCUAGUAUUUACUGUAUGCAUUAUCCCUUUAAUUAUCGGUGAAUGUUAGCAUGAUAGUAAUGAAGAAAUUAAAAGAUUUUAAGAGGAAUUCUCUUAAUAAUACUUUAAUAGUAUCCUUCCAAAUCAUCAAAAUCAAAACAACUUAAGGAAACUUUAAAACUCUUAAGACCUUUAAAAUAUAAGAGUCACCCUUGAUUUUAGUUAUCUUGAUACUCUUUAGCUAGGUAUUACAGAUAAGUAAAAAGCUUAUAUAUAAAAAAUAUCAAAGAUAGCAGCUUAAUUUAUCACAAAGCUGAUAAAAGUCAAGCCUCUCACAGGAAAUAAUAUAUAUGGAAGUAACUUAAGAUGCAUUGACAUAGCAGUCCCUAUCAAUGAUUAGAAGAUAGGAGUGGAAAAUUCAGAUUUAAAUUUAUAUAUAAUUUAUUUUAAUAGUGGAAGCAGUGCCCUUGCAAAUGCUGCAUCAUGUUUUAUGAAUCCUGUUUAUUAAAGACCAACAUUUGGAAGGGUUUCAUUUAAUAUAGGCUAUUUAACAAACACUAACCCAAAUUCUUUUAAAUUUUAACUUGAUUUAUAAGUUCUUUUACAUGAAAUAAUUCAUGUUUUAGGUUUUUCAAGUGAUUCAAUGCAGUAUUGGAUAGAUCCUGAUACACAAAAACCAUAUAAAUUAUCAGGAAUCUCAAAAAUUAAUACAUAUUAAACCAUAAGAGGUUUCAAAACUCUUAUCCUUACUUCAAAAAAUGUCACUGAUAUUGCUAGAAAGCAUUACAACUGUUCUUAGAUAAUUGGUAUGCAAAUCGAGAAUCAGGGAGGUUCUGGAUCUGCUGGAUCUCAUUGGGAAAGGACAGUAAUAAUGAAUGAAUUAAUGACUGCUUAAUAAGUUUCUAUUGGUGCAACUCUUUCUUAAUUUACUAUUGCUUUAUUAAAAGAUACAGGAUUUUGGGGAGAUGUAAAUAUUAAUAUAGCUGGGUAGAUUUUAUGGGGAAAAAAUCAAGGUUGUGAUUUUUAUAAUUAGGCCUGCUAAAGUAGUAAUAAAGCUAAUUUUUAAGAAUUUGUAUCUUCCUCUUCAGUUGAAGGAUGUUCUUUGACAAACGAUGGAUAUGGAGUUGGAAUAAAUGAUGGAUUUUCAGAUAACUGCUAUUAUAUUCAGCCAUAUUCAAAUAUGCUUUGUACCGAUCUUUCAAAUCAAAAUAAUUCGCAAACUGAUUUAAAGUUAGAAAGCUAUUCAACAAAUAGCCGUUGCAUUAUGUCAACACUAACUAAACCAGGAAUGUUAGGCUCUUUUAGUUCUAAAAGCAGAUGUCAUGAGUCAUUAUGUUCUAGUGAUUUUUCAACUAUCACUAUAACUAUCAAAUAAUUAAAUAUGACUAUUGAAUGCAAUUAGCCAGGCCAAUCUAAAGUUAUUAAUUACAAUAACAAAAAAAUUGGUGACUUAGAAUGCCCUAAAAAUUUUAAUUAUUUCUGCUCAAAUAAUUAGCAGUGUGUAAAUAACUGUAGUUCAAAUGGAUUGUGCAUAAAUAAAAUAUGUCAUUGUGCAGAAGGGUUUACUGGAGUAGAUUGUUCUAUUUCUUGUAAUUACUUCUAUGAAAACGGAAGCUGUGUUAACAAUUGUUCAAACGGUAACUUUGCCAAUCCUGAUAAAACUUGCAGAUCAAGCUGUCCAGAUGGGUAUUUUGGAGAUACUAAAACAAAUUAGUGUUAAUAAUGUGAUUUUUCUUGCAAAUAGUGUAAUGGCCCUCCAUCUUCAUCUCAAAGCCUGUAAAAAAACUGCACUUAAUGCACAUUAUAUAAGUAUUUGUAUUCAGGAAAUUGUUUAGAUUAAUGCCCAACAGGUUAUUAUGGUGAUAUCUUGAGUUAAGAAUGUAAAAAAUGUGGUUCAGGUUGUUUAAAUUGUGAAAACUCAUAAAAAUGUAUUUAAUGUGAUAGUACUAUAGGACUAGUUUUAAAUUAAGGUAUUUGUGGUUCUCAAAAUUGUGAUUAAUUUAAUAACUGUAAUCAGUGUUCAGCUAUUUCUAAAACCUGUAUUGAUUGUAAAUCUGGUUUUUAUUUAAUAAAUUAAAACUGUGUUACACCUGAUUAGUGUGGGGAUGGAUAUUACGCAAACAAAAAUAACAAACUUUGUGAAAAAUGUGGCGAUGGAUGUGUAAAAUGCUCUAACUUAGACCUUUGUAAUGAAUGUGCUGUUGGGUAUAGACUUACUGAUGGGAUUUGCACAAAUUGUAUUUUUCCUUGUAAAAAAUGUGAUUAAAUUAAUAAAUCUUAAUGUUAAAUGUGCGAAUCUGGAUAUUUUCUUUACUAGAAUAGUAUAUGUGUUAAUAAAUGCCCAAAAAAUACUUAUUUAGAUCCUGUAAGCUAAAUUUGUUAUCCUUGUUAGAAAGGUUGUGUUGAUUGUUAAAAUUAAUUAAAGUGCAAUUAAUGUGAUGAAAUUAGUGGAUAUUAUUUAUUUGAUAAUUAACAAUGCGUGUUAAAGGGUGAUUGCUUUUCUCCUUGCCUAGUAUGCCAAGACCCUAAAAACCCUAAAAUAUGUUCUAAAUGCUAAGAUAGCUUCUCAUUGCAAGAUAAUUUAUGCGUUUAGUAAUGUAAAUCAGGUUAUUAUAGCUAAAAAAUUAACGGAAUUAACACUUGUUUAAAAUGCUCUGAUAGUUGUUAGUAAUGCUCUUAUCAAGCAGACAAAUGCUCAACUUGUUCUAAUGAAAAAGUCCUAUAUAACGACAAGUGUUUAACUUAAUGUCCAUAAGAUUACAUUAAAUCAAAUAAUAAUAUUUGCAAGAAAGCUUACGAUGAUACAAUAAACAAUAGUUCAAAGAAUUUAACUAUUUGUGGCUUUGAAAAGGUCUAUAUAAUUGGAUUUAUAAUAAUUAUUAUCACAACCUUUAUUUGA